UCUUAUUAAUAUAUUUUUUUUAGUAUUAGUGAAAUCGACACUAUUUUCGGAAGUUUUCUAAUGAAAUUUCUGAUUUUUAUAUAAUCUAUAGUAUCAUAUAUUAUCAUCUAAUUUUUCUAAUAUAUGUUUUCAUAAAAUGGAUUAUGUGAAACAAAUAUAAAUUAGCAUAAAAAGCCGAAUAUGCAAUAAGUUUUAAAUUAUAUUUUAUAAAAGUGAAAAGAAUUAUUUGUAUAAUUAUGGAAGAUUCUACAGAAGCACAAAAGUGGCAACAGCAUUUAUCUUUAUUGCGAGAACAGUAUGUUAAUUUAUAUAAUACCAAUAUAGAACUUCAACGUGAAUAUGCUAUUGUUACUGCAAAUAAACAGGAUACUGGAUUUAUUAGUAGACUUUUGACAACUAUUUCAUCAUUAUUCAAUCAACAUCGUUAUAGUGAUAUAAUUAUUAAAUUGAGGGAUCAGGAAAUACCAGCACAUAAAUUUAUAUUAUCUGCUAGAACAGAUUUUUUUAGUGAAUCAAUAUUAACCGAAGUAACUAUUUUAGAUUGGACUCAUUUGGAACCAAAUGUUGGAUUAAUAUUGUUGAAAUGGAUAUAUACGGGAAAGGUGUUACAAGAAAAUUUAACAUUAGAUUUAAUGAAAGCAGCAUCUAAUUUUCAGUUAUUAGAUUUAGUUGAUCAAUGUGAAAGAUAUUUAAUUGGAAUUGUAGGACUCAAAGAUUGUGUUCAAUUAUAUGCAGCUGCUGAAGAAUUAGGUGCUCAAAGAUUAAAAGAGCAUUGUAGUUCUUUGAUUUCGGCACAUUGGGAAGAUUUAACAGGAGAAGACUUUAAAGAAAUGCCUGGCUCUUUGCUAUAUAAAUUAUUACAAACUAAAAGUAAAUAUCCUUUACAUGCUGCUGUUCGAAUAAUGAGGGAAGAUGUCGUUUUUUUAUAUUUAGUAGAAAAUAAUUCAGGGUUAACGAAAGCUGUUAAUGCUUUGGAUCAUAAAGGAGAAACGCCUUUAGAAGUUGCUUUAAAAUCUCGUCAACCAUCGUUGGCGCGUACUUUGGUUGAACAUGGAGCUGAUUUAAAUACAAAAGAUUUGAGAGGUUUUUCUUUACUUCAAGCUGCUAUUUUUAAAGGAGAUUCUUAUGCGGCUGAAUUCAUAAUAGAACAGUUGGAAAAUAAUAAAAAUAUAAAAGAGUUAUGCGAAGCUAUAAAACUUACUGGAAAUGUGCGAGAUAUAAAAAAUCCUGAAGAACUCGAAGGAUGUACUGCUUUACAUUUAAUAACAAAGCAUAAUUCAAAAAAUAUGUUAACAGUUGCAUCUCGAUUACUUCAAGCUGGUAUCGAUCCUAAUUUACAAAAUCAUAGAGGAUGGACUGCUUUACACAAUUGUAUUCAAGAGAAAAACGAAUUACUUUUUGAUAUAUUAUUAGAAUGUCAAAGUAUAGAUUUGGAUAGAACUACUAAUGAAGAUGAUACUUCAUUGUGUAUUGCAAUGAAAACAACAGAUCCAUUCAAUGAACUUUUUGCUAAGAAACUUUUAAGUAAAGGUGCAACUCCAAAUCCUUUAUAUAAAAAUACUGGAGACACUUUACUACAUGUUUUAAUAAGAGAAUAUAAAGAAGAAGCAGCAUUAUUUUUAAUUGAUUACUGUAAAGAUAAUUUGAUGCAAAAAAAUAAAGAAGGAUAUUCAGUUUUACAUGAAGCUUGUAAAGUUGGAUCAAAAAAUUUAACGCGAGCUUUAUUAAAAACUGGUUUUCCAGUUGAUGAAAUUACAUUGUCUACUGGUGAUGCGCCAAUACAUAUUGCCGUUUUGAAUUUAUAUUUUGAUAUUGUAAUAGAAUUAUUAGAUACACCUAAUUCAAAUUCCCAAUUAAAUUUAAAAAAUAACGCAAAUGAAACACCUUUAAGUUUGGCUAUUAAAGCUCCAUUUAAAAAAGGCAAAGAUAUAGUUUUAGCGUUAAUAAAAGCUGGAGCGAAUAUCAAUCAAUGUAAUAAAGAAGGUUUAACAUUGUUACAUCAAGCAAUAUUAAAAGAAGAUUCGGCAACAGCGAUUUUUUUAUUGGAAAAUGGUGCAGAUAUGAACAUUAGGACUGCAAAUGGGGAAACUCCACUACAACUUUCUGUACAUUGUAGACUUGGUGAAGUUGUAGAAUCUCUUUGUAAAAGGGGUGCAGAUACUUCUAUAGGAUGUCCAUUAUGGGAUGCAUUAGAUUCAGAUCAAGAAGAUGUAGCAUCUAUUUUAGUUAAAUAUGGAGCAGAUACUGAUUGUUGGAGUUCUGGUCCAGAUAAUUGCCAACAAACAUUAUUACACAGAGCAAUUGAUCAUAACAAAGAGGAUAUUGCACAAUUCCUUAUAAGGAGCGGUUGUGAUUUAAACGCACCUAGAAGACCUGGCCCAGAUGGUACUGGAGGUGAUGAAGCAAGAGAUGAAUGUACUCCUUUACAUUUAUGUUGUCAAUGGGGUUUAGAACAAGUGAUACAAACACUUAUUGAACAUGAUGCUGAUGUAAAUGCUCGAGAUGUUGAGGGAAAAACUCCAAUACAUGUAGCCAUACAAAAUCAACAUUCGCAAAUUAUUUCUUUAUUACUUUAUCAUCCUAAUAUAGAUUUAAAUAUAAGAGAUAAAAAAGGUUUAACACCAUUUGCAACAGCUUUAACAUUUCGGAACAACAAAGCAGCUCAAGCAAUAUUAGAACGGCUUCCCAAAGCUGCUGAACAAUGUGAUAAUAAAGGCAGAAACUUCUUACAUACUGCUAUUCAAAAAAAUGAUAUGGAAAGCAUAUUAUUCUUGAUGUCUAUACAAGUAGAUGUAAAUUCCAGAGUUCAUGAUGUUACACAAACUCCACCUUUACAUCUUGCUGCAGUUUCUGGAAAUGAAAUGUUAGUACGAAGUUUAAUAUUGGCUGGUGCACGUGUUAAUGAUACAGAUGCAAAUAGAAAUACUGCAUUGCAUACUGCUGCAAAAGCAGGUCAUGCAUCAAUUAUAUCUGCUUUAUUACAGAACAAUAUUAAUUUUGAUGCUAUAAAUGCAGAUGGUGAUAAUGCAUUGCAUGUAGCUGUAAGAGAAGGUCAUGUAUCAGUAGUAAGAACACUUUUGACUGAAUGUACAUUAGAUGCAGAGGCUGUAAAUCUUAAAGGAAGAAAUCCCUUACAUGAAUUAGCUAGAUGUGGAAAAGAUAAUGCUGCAACUAUAUGUGAACUUUUUUUAGAAUGUAUGUCACAAUAUCCAGUAAAUAAUGCAGAUUUAGAUGGCAAUACUCCAUUACUAAUAGCUUAUAUGAAAGGAAAUGGUCAACUUUGUCGUACUUUGGUAAAGGCUGGUGCAUGUUUAGGUUCUAUGAAUAAAGAAGGUAUUACAAUUUUCAAUUAUCAAGUAGCAACGAAACAAUUAUUAUACAGAUUAUUAGAUUCCUUGACACAAGAAGCACCAUGGGCUGAUAAAGAUCUUUGUUUAGAAUGUGGAACAAAAUUUUCUCUCACAAUGCGAAAACAUCACUGCCGUCAUUGUGGUCGAAUUUUGUGCAAUAAAUGUUCUGAUCAAGAUGUUCCAAUCGUAAAAUUUGGAUUAAAUAAACCUGUUCGUGUUUGUGCAGUAUGUUUUGAUGUAUUGCAAUUAGGUGCUGAAUGAAAAAAAAGCCUAAAUAAAUUACAUAUUCAUAUUGUAAAUAAAAUAAUCAUUCCAUAUGCAUUUGUCAUAAAAAAUAUACCAAAAAUUUGUAUUAUUUUGAGCAAAUCAUUAUAUA